AUGGCUUUCCAAAUUGGUAUGCGUGACAUCUCUAAUACUACACCCUCCUUCAAAAAUAUCAAGAACAACAACACAACUAUAACUGAUAUAGACCAUUCUCAACUGAUGGAGUUCUAUUGGGACAUCAUUCUACUAAUAGAAUCUCAGUUCCUUUGUAAAGAGAUCACAUAUAAUCAAUUCAAACAAUUCAGAAAGUUCUAUCUUAUAAACAACAUCUCCGAAAAACUCAACAACAACAACAACAACGACAUUCACCCCAUUAAGAAACAUAUACAACCCCUAUGGAGAUCCAUCGCAGACACUUACCUUUUACUAUAUUUCAAUAUUCCUAUACCAAAUUCUUACCCCUUCCUACUGUCCAAACAAAUCAACGAUAUCUUGAACAUCAUCGUCCCUGCAAACUUCAAUACCCAAUUCCAUCAUAUCAUCGCAAACAACAAUCUAAAGAACUGGUUGAUCUCUCUGCUGGAACUAGUAGAUGCUUGCAAUUGCACAGAACUUAGACUGUACCUUCAUAGAGACUUGAGUUGGAACGAUACAAAGGUCCUGUUGAAAAACUUAAAUUGGAUCAGUGGCAAGAUUCUACCUAAUGAAGACAGAGACCGUUUUAAUGAUUUAACUUUGGACGAUCUCUUGUUAACUGAUGAAAAUUUCAUCGUUUUACAAUUCGAUAUAUGA